AUGGCUGCGUGGGUGAACCGCAAGGACUCGGGGGUCCGUGUCCUUGGCGGUCCGCGGUCCAGUGGUCCGGCUGGGGUCCUGGAUCUCCGUUCAGCACUGGGGGCAACAGAUGGCGCUGGGGUUGAGGCGACGCCGGGAGUCACUUGCGCCUCAGCCUCCGGAGGAACCGCAGCAGCGCCCGUCGUCCCGUGGAAAGUCGAAAUCCUGAAGAGAGCGAAGAUGCGGCUGCUAUUGGCUUCUGCUGCGCUGCUGUGGCUGAGCGCAGCGGCGGCGGCGGAGACGGUCGAGGUGCAGCUCCAGCAGGGCGCCAUCGUGGGCUCGAGGUCCGAGGCCAAGGGCGGCAGGGCCUUCUACGGCUUCCUGGGCAUUCCCUUCGCUCAGCCUCCGGUCGGGGCACUCAGGUUCAAGGAUCCCGUGGCCGCCGGGGCGUGGGAGGGCGUGAGGAACGGCACCGUGGCCCCGCCCUUGUGCCCGCAGCCGGACGCGCCCUCGGACUGGAUGCAGGAGGACUGCCUCUACCUCUCCGUGUUCACGCCGCAGCCCAACCGGACUGACCUCCCCGUGAUGGUGUGGCUUCCCCAAGGAGGCUUCAUCAGCGACGCGACGCCCCUGUUCCAGCCGGAGUUCCUCCUGGCGAAGGACGUGGUCCUCGUCGUCCUGCAGCACCGCCUCGGCGUCCUGGGAUUCCUGUCGACCGAGGACGCCGAGCUCCCUGGCAACCUGGGGCUGAAGGACCAGGCGAUGGCCCUUCGCUGGGUGCAGGACAACAUCCGCGACCUCGGCGGAGACCCAGACAAGGUCACCAUCUUCGGCCAGAACGCGGGGGGCGCGGCUGUGCACUACCACAUGCUGUCUCCCAUGUCCAGUGGCCUCUUCCAGCGAGCCAUCAUGCAGUCGGGGGCGGCGCUGUGUCCCUGGGCGCUCCGGGAGGACCACCGGCAGGUGGCCUUCGGCUUCGGCCGCAUGGUGGGCUGUCCGGGCGAC